AUGGCAUUUAGUGUAGGAAAGCGUGGUGAGCGUGGUGGUAGUGGCCGUGGUAUCGGAGGAAGAGGUGCUCGCGGAGGAAGUCGCGGUGGAAGAGGUGGUAAACCAAGUUUUAGAGGCGGAGCUAAGGGUGGUUCUAAAGUCAUAAUUGAACCACACAGACAUCUAGGUGUCUUUAUUGCUCGUGGUAAAGAAGAUCUUCUUGUCACAAAAAAUCUUGUAAGCGGUGAAUCUGUUUAUGGAGAAAAGAGGAUUACGGUAGAAGGAUCUGAUAGUGUUAAAAUCGAAUAUCGGGUUUGGAAUCCAUUCCGAUCAAAGUUGGCUGCAGGUAUACUUGGUGGUAUCGAUCAUAUUUACAUUGCACCCGGUAAAAAAGUGUUAUACCUUGGUGCCGCUUCGGGAACUACAGUAUCGCACGUAGCAGAUAUAGUUGGCCCGGAGGGUGUAGUAUAUGCCGUUGAAUUUUCUCAUCGAUCGGGACGUGAUCUCAUUAAUGUGGCGAAAAAACGUACAAAUGUUAUACCUAUCAUCGAAGAUGCUCGACAUCCGCAUAAAUAUAGAAUGUUAGUUAACAUGGUGGAUGUUAUUUUUGCUGAUGUUGCACAACCCGAUCAAGCGCGUAUUAUAGCACUAAAUGCGCAUCAUUUCUUAAAGAAUAAUGCAUAUAUUGUUAUAUCUAUCAAAGCAAAUUGUAUUGAUUCUACAGUAGAAGCAUCUACAGUUUUUGCAAGGGAGGUUAAGAAACUGCAAGAAGAACACAUAAAACCUUUGGAACAACUUACUCUUGAACCAUAUGAACGUGAUCAUGCUCUUGUUGUUGGAAGGUAUAUACGAUCAAAGUAG